AUGCUCCGUAAAGUAGUCCGUGCGCGAUCUAGCUCACUUGUUGAGAGGCAAAGAGAUGCGGAUGCUCCUUUUCAAAAUUUGAGUCGUUUGUACCAGUCGAAGAUUGGAAGUCGGUCUGGGCAGUCUACUCAUCCAUCCAACCAUCAUGUUUCAACUGUUGAGUCACGAGCAGUCAAGCAUAGAGUGGAUUCAUCGUCGUCAAUUCCUUUGGAAGUGAGGUUGACAGAGGCUAAGAAAGCAAGAGAGUCAUUUGCCUGGGCGAAGGGCUCUUCUGCAACGUCAGCAGCUGAUCCCAAUGUGGACAAGUCCACCCCUGCAGAGGAUGCAGGCGUGUCUGAUCUGCUCAAGACGAACUUUCUGUCAAGUCCAUCCACUUGUGCUCAGCUGGUUCAUCAAAUCCGUCAGGCUGGUGAUCUUGGUACUUUCCCAAGUCUUUCCUUGGAAAAACAAAAGGAAGAAACAUUUCUUCUCCUUCAAAAAGGAGGUGGAGCUGCUGAGAGUGUGGCUGAUCAGACGGACGCUGAAGUGGCUGCAGAUCAAGGAUCUCCUGCUGGCGUCUCGGAGUAG